CCCUGCGAUUGCUGCUCCGCCCACUCUGCCACCUCGGGCGGCGCGUCCACCUUGACCACCUUGCGCUGGGCUUGCUCAUACCACAGGGAGUCGAUCACCUCGUUGAUCUCCUUCUCCUUGGCCGGGUCGGGCGGCGGCUGCUCCACGGCGUCAUAGACAAGCCACGCAGCCGUACCGCGGGGGUCGUAUGUGGCCACCACGGCCAUCUGGGGAUGGGGGGCACGUUUCUUGCAUGGCAGGCGGGCGGGGAGCCGCCGCGGCGAGGGCGGUUGGGUGAGAGGCCUGGGGGUGAGGGUCGAGGGGAGGGUGGAGGGGAAAUCUGGGGCCGCUGCCAUAUGUGGUGGUAUCGCUGUGAGAGGGAGAGAGAGAGAGAGAGAUCAGACAAACACACACAGAGAGAAGAUACUCGUAUACUAAUGCCUCUGUGUCCUUCUGUGCUGGUGUUGGUUAGUGUGUCACCCACCCCCACCCACCUGCUGGAACGGCCUGAGGGCGUUCUGGGCGUCUUCAUAGUGGGGGUUCGCAAACUCCUUCACAUCAGGCAUGGGGCUGGUCUCCUGCAGGAAGCGGAUGGUGCCCUCAAAGUCCUCCUUGGUCGGGAGACCUUGUCCCUUCCGCCCUCCCCCUCCCAAAUUCGUGUUGACCAGGAACCGCUGCUCCGCCGUCCCGUUGACAUCCGCCGCCGCCGCACUCGCCGCACUAGCACCACCACUCGCAGGAUCAAGGACGAGAAGCUUCUGGUAGUACAUAUGAUCCAUCUUGGCCCAGUUCACCCUGAUGGGCUCGUCCUUGUUCUGCUUCUUGAUGUUCCGCUUCUUGAUGGGCUUGUCCUUGUUGUUGGCCCCUGCUGCCGCACCCCCACCGGCAUUCCUGUCCCUCUCCCUCUCCCUCUCGAAGGGCUGCUCGAGGUCAAAAGGGUGGUGGUCGAGCCCAUGGCCGAGUGGGAAUGGGAUGCGUGGCGGUGGGGCGUGGGGGAAGGGUGGCAGAGCCAUGAGAUCGUCCGGCAGGUCAUCCGUCAGUAGAGGCGGCGGGGCGGGGCGGGAACGGUUUCGCCGCUGUGCGGGCGGUGGCACUGGCAUGGCAGGUCCUGGCGCAGCUGCAGCUGCAGCAGCAGCAGCUGCUGCUGACGACGAUGCGCCACCUCCCAGCAUCGACUCAUUCAUUGCCCUCGGUUGGGGCCAGCCUGACAGACAACACAACACACAAACAGACAGGACAAAAGUGAGAACAGACGCAUGAGCCGUGUGUGUCAAUUGCAACGCACACGAACGAACACCUGAUGACACGGCUCAAAAGGCACCGCACCACCGCCCUCCCUGAACUGCACUGACUCUGCCUGGCAUGAGCCCCGCUUCACUCAAACCGCGCCACAACCGACCUCUACCUGUCACAACGGCCUACACGAGCAUCAACCUGCCUGCCUGCCUGCCUGCCUGGAACCCCUGGCUCAUGGGAAAGGCUCAGACGAGGCAAGGUCGAUCGGCCGGACGCGUCGGUAACACAUUCACUUUUCUCGGCACUGACUGCCUGAGUCUGCCCACCGGGUGAUGCCUACCGGUGAACUCACCUUGAAACGGCGGCGAAGGAGCUGGAAAGGUCGUCACUGACUCGUCAAACCGCGUUGGUCAGGGCGAGCCUGACACACGCACACAUACAGGCAAGCAGAACGGGUGGAAACACGCACACACAGGUCGUCACAGGCUAGAUCACAUCCAACAGACGUCACACAGAUCUGUCACAGUGUCGCUGACUGCCUCUGCUCAGCAUGACUCGGGGAAACACAAUUUUGGCUCUCUUUUGAGUCUUCCUUACACGUGCGUGUCUGUGUGUGCCGCUCCUUACGUCGUAAGAUGAUGAAAUUCGCCCAAAUUCGGUCAUUUUUGCGCUAAGCUCGCAUCGAUCCGAACUGUUCCUCUUCUCCUCGCUCUUUUUUCCCCGUUUUCCCCUCCCCCCGUCUUUGUCCGUCACGUCCUG